AUGGAACCCCAGGCCGGAUGCGAGAAUGAGGCCGAAUACACUGCCGCCCUCAGCAAUCAGCGGGUAAGCUCAAUAGAGCGACAGAAUAAUGGCAUCCGAUUUUCGAUAUCCGACCUCGCUCCACCAACAGCGAGGGUGCUGCCAACGGUCUAUUCGAGCAGAGAAGACAUUGGGCUGUACGAUGCUCAAUUUGACCCGGACACAGGUGAAAGGAUUCCAAUCCCAGAAUUCGUCAUUUGCGCUGUUGUCGUCACGAUUCUCCGCUUCCAGGUGGUGUGUGCCGAUCACGGUGUCCCCAAUACUCGAAUCCGGAUUCUCGCUACGGAAGCCACCCGGACAGCUGUCAACUCCGAGGAGUUCCGGAAAUCGAUUUACAAUGCCACGGGACUGAGCACCGAGAUGCUUCCGAAAGAAGAGGAGGGCCUCGUGGGCGCUUGGGGCAUUGCGAGCGGGUUCUCGGAAGUCGAGGGCAUCCUACUCGACCUUGGCGGAGGUAGUAUCCAGAUCUCCUGGAUGAUAUUCCGAGGGGGCGAAAUCGAGAUGAGCCCGAGAGGACCGUUAAGUUUUCCAUAUGGCGCAGCGGCCUUGACCCGGACGCUGAAGGUUCUCGAGGACGGGAAGACCAAAGCCGAAGCCGCGAGAGCGGUGGCGGAGUUUCGACGGGAGGUGAAAGCCAGCUUUUUGCAAGCAUAUGGAGAGCUCCAGAUCCCGUUCUCGAUGUACGACAACGCGCGGAUGGAGGGCGGGUUCCCAUUGUAUCUCUCCGGAGGCGGGUUCAGAGGAUGGGGCUACUUAAUUCUCUCCCGGAAUCAGCAGGGUGGGCACCAUUACCCAAUCUCAAUCAUCAACGGAUACACGGCCGGGAAGGACGAGUUCAGGGAUACGGAGGCCUUGAAGCAUACUGCGAAAUCAGCGCAGAAGAUCUUCCGAGUCUCUGAUCGUCGGAGAGCGCAGGUACCAGCCGUGGCCUUCCUCAUCGAUGUCCUAGCCGAAUCAAUUCCGAAUGGAAUAAGAAACGUCCACUUCUGCCAGGGCGGGGUUCGCGAAGGCGUUUUGUUCCAAACUCUAAACAAUGAGGUCCGAAAACAGGAUCCACUUGAGGUCGCCACAACGGUCUUCGCUCGACCUUCCACAGAAGCGCUGUUUUACCUCCUGAAAACAUUCAUCCCCGCCUCCACCCAAGAUUCCCAGCUCAUUUUUCCAACGUCAAUCAAUGACCACCAAAUUCGAGCGUUUAUCAAUGCGUUGUAUGUUCACGCUCCAAUGGGAAAAGAGUCCGCCUCAACCUCAGCAUUGUACAGCACCAGCACUGGUAUUUUGUCUGCAGCACACGGUAUCUCGCACAAAGACCGCGCACUCCUAGCGCUCAUGCUGGAGGAGAGGUAUGAAGGCGAUCUCCCUCCGCGUGAGGUCGAGUUUAAAGAGAGCCUCCGCCGACUCCUGACGCGCGAGGAGAUUUGGUGGACACGGUAUCUGGGAGCCGUUGGAGAGCUCAUAGCGGCAAUAUACCCUGCAGGAGUAAUUGAUAUGGCGAAACCACGGAUAAUCGCCUCCUCGAGGUGGUCGAAUUCGAUGGGGAAAAAUAGAAAUGAACUGGGGAUCAAUCUCACGAUUACCGUGCCAAAGGAUCAAGAUCGCCGUAUGAGGCUGAAGGAUACAGUGCAGCAGUACACGAAUGAUAUCAUGAGAGUAGGGCGGAAAAAACAUUGGAUUGGAGAGGAACCUAAAUGGGGGAUCAAGGUGGACGUGGGAGUCAUCGACUGA